GGCCGUGGGUGCCCCAUGUCCCAUGAUGCUGUUCGUUUACCACAUCAGUUCCACCAUGAAAGCAUGAGCUGUUUUACUCGAGCUCUGCACGGUUUAAGAAUGGCGGCUCCAAGAAAAGUCGCGAUAAUUGGCUCUGGAAACUGGGGUUCUGUGAUAUCUCGGAUUGUCGGUGCCAAUGUGAAAGACCAUCCGAAUCUAUUCCAGGAAGAAGUUCAAAUGUACGUUUAUGAAGAGCUGGUGGAAGGAAAGAAACUCACAGAGAUUAUCAACACAGAACACGAAAAUGUGAAGUACCUGAAAGGGUUUAAGCUCCCGGAGAACAUCAAAGCAACCCCAGAUGUAGUCACAGCUGCAAAGGAUGCAGAUAUUUUGGUGUUUGUUGUGCCUCACCAGUUUGUGAAGAAUGUUUGUUCAAAGAUGAAAGAUGUAAUAAAACCUGGUGUCAUUGCAAUUUCACUCAUAAAGGUAAUAAUCAGUUGUUCCACACCCCUACAAGAUAGCAGUGGUUCUAGACCUCUUUAUGAGNGAGAGGAGUUUGUCAAAGGGAAGACAUUUGAGGAAGUUGAGCAGUAUAUCUUGGGAGGACAGAAGUUACAAGGACCUCAUACAGUCUAUGAAGUUUAUCAUCUUCUUAAAGAG